CCGAUGGGAGAGCGUCAGUUCCGUCUCGCAACUAGUCAGCAUCACUAGCUAGAGAGGGACGAGCAGCACCAAGCGAAGGGGAAGCGCAAUUUCCUCCUCCACGAUGAUCAAGGUCAAGUGGGACUCCACGUAUCGCCCCGCGAACGGCUCGAGCAAUGCGCCGACGACGUCAGGCGAGCGCCCCACGCUCACCGCGCUCAUGGACGGCAUCGUCAUCAACAGCAGCAGCGUCAGUAGCAACGCGGGCACAACACGACGUCCGCCUAUGCCCAAAUGGGACAUGGGCACUAUUUCCGAGGACACGAUGCCUGCAGCGUUCACUGCAGCGUCUGCUGGCUGGUCUAACGACCGCUUCGAGCUCACAGAGAGCGGAGAAGUGCGCAAUAAGGCCACAAAGCAACGUAUUUCCAAGCAGGAGAUCCGAGAGCACGGCGAAGAAGUUUUACGCGGACUGAUUGAUAACGUACACACCAGAAUGUUACAGGAGCUUCUGUUCCUUGAACAAGCCAUCCCUCCGCUCGAGUUUGAACGCAGCUCGGUCGAGUCAGGCUUCGAUCCUGGAGCCAGUAAUGCCGGCAGCAGUGCGAGCGUCAGCAGCUCGGUACGCUCCAGUUCGUCCAGUAUCUGCUCCACCAAUGACGGAUUCCGUAUGAUGAUCGACACGGACGAACCAAGAUGCAUUUUCCACACCAGUAAGAACUUCAGCGUGGCCGAGAAACUACUGGUCUUUGUAUGCUCUUUCCGAGGUCUCAGUUGUGGCAUUUGGAGCCGCAGUGUGUUGCUCAAAGACGGCGUUAAAGUCGGCUCCAUGUUGCCAUAUUUCCAGAAGGCUAUCGCUGCUGGAUACGGUAUUCUCGUCAUGAAUCCCAACAUGAACACCCAACUUAUGGUAACUCAAGACGGGACAGUGGAGAAGAUGCCUAUUCGAGGCUCCAGCAACGCAGAGGACCAUUGUGACCAUGUGUGGCGCAACUAUAUCUUCCCUUCAGCAGCUCACAAAGUCCACUUUAUCGCGUACGGAUACGGUGGCGUGCUAGUGACACAACUGAUCGCAAAAUACCGGUACGAACUGAAAAGUCGACUCGGUAAUGUGGCCUUUAUUGAGAGUUCGCACAAGAUCGAUCCGUCGUGGAAUUCAGGGUUCAAGCGCUUCUUCUCACAACACAGCAUCUCCUGGUCCAGAUCGGACUUCCCGUUAAACACAGAGCUCAGUCGCGAUGCCACAGCAUUCGCCACAAGUGGGGGUCCCAGCAAUACCGGUACUACUACCAGUAGCGAUGACGCAUUCUCGUCAACUUCACCGUCAUCCAGAUCUCCUAAGAGUCCCAGUGCAGCUCAACUCACUGGUUUCGGCUGCAUCUGCUUGUCUGCUGGGCCGUGUGAAGGAGCCAACGAGAGUCCUGCAUACACAACUAAAGAGGUUCUGGACACCGUGUUCGCCUUCCUGGCGUCUCCUACGCCCUACGAGUUCCAGCGUCGUGCAGCUCGUGAACUUCGCUUAAAUACGCUGUUGGAGGAACAGCAGCAAGCUCGAACCAAGGCACCUAACGGACACAAUGGAGACAUCGGCCGGCCUCCCAGAGACCAGCCACGUGCACGGAAGCAGUCAGUGUAUGAUACAGUGCUUGGAGGUGCAGCUGGAGGUGCUCGGGAGCUCAAACCACGUGAGUACGACUCGUUAACUAUCGACGACUUCGACCUCUUACGUGUGGUAGGUCGAGGAGCUUUCGGUAAGGUCAUGUUGGUGCGACGAAAAGUGCCUCAACAGCAGAAAGGAGCGCGGUUAUUAAGUCCACGCACGAUGAUGGCAAUGGGGAUGACUCCUCAACAGAUUGCAGGUGCUACAGGCGGAGAAAGCGGCAAAGUAUACGCCAUGAAAGUCAUCAAAAAGGCCGCAGUGUUUGCCAAGAAUCAGGUGGAACACACCAAGACCGAGCGACGGAUCUUACAAGGUGUAGAUCAUCCGUUCAUGGUGAAACUGCGGUACGCUUUCCAGAACGAAGCCAAGCUGUAUUUCGUCAUGGAUUUCUACAACGGAGGCACUUUACACUUCCACUUGCGUCGAGCCAUGCACUUUGACGAAGUACGGACCAGAUUCUACGCUGCUCAGUUGGUGUUGGCUAUCUCCCACUUACACACGUACAACAUCGUGUACCGUGAUCUCAAACCGGAGAACAUUCUACUGGACGACCAAGGAUUUAUCGCCCUAACAGACUUUGGACUAUCCCACGACCAUUUCGACAGCAAAGACGGCAUGCAGACGUUCUGUGGCACACCGGAGUAUAUCGCUCCGGAGCUGAUUCGUCGUGUACCGUACGGUAAAGCAGUGGAUUACUGGUCCAUGGGAGUCCUUAUCUUCGAGAUGUUGGCAGGUUACACGCCCUUCUACCAUGCCAACCGUAAACGGAACUUCCAGAACAUCGUCAAGCUCCCGCUACGGUUCCCGUCGGAGUUUUCUGAUGAUGCGAGAUCGCUUUUGAGAGGCUUGAUCUGUCGGAACCCGGCUAAACGACUGGGAUCGGGACCGUGUGGCGCUCAGGAGAUCAUGGAUCACCCGUUCUUCGCUGAAGUGGACUGGGAGAAACUGUACAAGCGCGACGUACCGGUGCCGUUCAAGCCGGUGGUCAAGUCGGACGGAGAAGUGAACAAUGUGCCGGAAUUCUUCAAACGACAGGAAGUUGUGGACUCUGUGGUGUCUGAUGCUCCGAUUGGAAAGAGUCACGUGUUCCAGGGAUUUUCGUACACGGACCCGUACAACCUGUAGUUCAGGACAAGAGAUUUUAGUGAUUGAGGUCAAGAUUUUUGAUGUGCUCCAGCCGUAGAAGGGAGAAGAAAACUGAAAAAGUAAGAUAUCGAGCAACCCAAGCGUCGAUCAAGCGUUCAAUGUGCACGCAGCUUCGUGCUGCUUCCCAAUGCAUGUACUGCGUUCGUGCAAAAUAAAAUCCAAAUACUUUCAAACGCA